AUGGCUACCAUUUCAGUCACAGCAUUCUCACUUCUGCACCCAAUCCCUACCCUCACCCAUUCACAUUCCCAUUUCCCAUCUCCCACUCUCUCCUUUCGAAGCCUUUCCAAGCGUUUGAGUUCACUCAGCAAGACCAGGUCCCGCAGACCCACAUUUCUGAGGUCAGCUGAGGAAGAAACACUUGUCGAACCAGUCCCUGAAGAAGCCGAGCAGCCUGUUUCGGUGCCUGUUUCACCUUCCGACACUCUCACCAUGUUUUUUCAGGCCGAUGGAACGUUGAGUGAUGCUGCUGUGCCUGCAGUGACCAAAGCGUUAGAGGGAACUGAAGGGGUUAGCAACUUGAAGGUUGAAGUUCAUGAGGGUAUUGGAAUUGUUGAGUUGAAAAAGCAGACAACAGUACAAGCUACUGGGGUUGCUUCCAGUUUGGUUGAGGCCAUACAGAGUUCAGGAUUCAAACUACAAACUUUGAAUUUGAGUUUUGAGGAAGAAGAGGAAAUUGCUGUAUAGAGCUUGUAUGCUUGUCUACUAGUAUAUACACAACUCAAGCACAAAAGAUCAAGAAAAGUAUCAUCAAAUGUCUGUUGCCAUGGACUCAUUGUUUGUGGUUAGUGAGGAUCAAAUUUUCCAAUAGUUAUAGGCUGCCAUUUCUAAUUCUUGGUGAAGUUGUAUCUGAGACUAGUGAAUAAACAAACAUUAGACCUCG